AAAGAAGACUGGAUUGAGUUUUGAAGUUGCACUGGCAGACAAUGACAUUGGCAGCUGAGGGCGCCAUUGGCAUAAGGGAGCUCUGCUGAUGAUUUUGCGAAGCUUUCCUUGGGUUGCCCAUCAGGAACUUGAGCCUUGUGCUUGACAUCGAGGCCCCGAGAUCGUGGUUGCGGUUGCGAUGAAUCCAUACGCCAAUCAGACUGCGCCUGGCGAACCGCGGCCGCCAGGCCCGCCAACUCAUGGAGCCGGGCCUCCUCAGAUGCAGCAAUACGCGCAGUUUCCUGGAUUUCAGCAGCAAGGGAUGCCUCAGUACCCCGGCAUGCCUUACAACACGUUUGGGCGGCCGCCCUACCCCGUCGCCCGUCCAAUCACUCUUCCACGCCCCGGCCAGAUGGCGUAUCCUCCGCGCCCUCCGUCAUUCCGCCCUCCUGUCGGGUUUCCACCUCCGGGGGCGCCGCCAAUGGCCCCCCUCCCCAAGCCUUCCACCACCAUGUACGUCGGAAAGAUUGCGCCGACAGUGGACGACGACCUGGUGCGGUCCAUCUUAGAGGUGUGUGGGCCGCUGAAGAGUUGGAAGCGGGCCGCUGGAAAAGGGUUUGGCUUUGCGGAAUAUGAGUUGGCCGAAGGCGUUCUGCGGGCCAUGCGGCUCUUGAAAGACCUACCCAUUGAUGGACAGGAGCUUCUCGUGAACGUUAACGACGCCACCCGACUUUAUUUAGAGCAGUACAGCGCCACGAAGAAGCUUCAAAAGGCGCCUGGUUCCGGUGCCGAACCGGAAGUCGUCAUCGAAGACGAAGCAGACGAUGGAGGGGCCAAGGAGCCGAAAGACGAAAAAAUGGAAGACGGCGAGAAGGCGGGAGAAGCAAAACCGGCCGCAGCAACAGCAGGGAAGAUGAAUACGGAUGAGGAGAAGGGGGAGGGGGGAGAGAAGACCCCGGAAGAUGAGGACGAAAGCGAGGACCGAGAAGCGAAGGAGAAGUUGGAAGAACUGCUCAAGGGGAGAGCAAAGACGCUGCCGCUCCCGCCGCGACCCGAGUCUCCGAGCAUCGCUGAGUUUAUCGCCAAGGCCCGCAAUGCUGCCGAAGAGGCGGACGGCGGGCCGCGCCGGGGCGACAGCGAAGGACCGAGCACCUCGGAGAAGGACCGCCCGCGUUUGAGCCGCUUCCGACGGGACCCCGAGGACGAAAUGAUGCGGGAACGGGAACGCGCGCGGGAGCGCUCGCGGAGAGACCGGGAGCGGGAACGGGAGAGGUCAGAGAGGGAUGCGGACAGGGCUGUGGAGGACCGGGAGAAAGAGUUGGAGGCGUGGGAGAAAGAACGGGAGCGGGAGCGGCGGCGCGAGAAGGAGCGCGAGAAGGAAGCAGAGAAGGAGCGGAAGGCGCAGGUCAAGGAGGACGAGGAAGGAGAGCCCGACUCGGAGGAAGGAACUAGAAAGCGGCGUCGGGAGUCGAGCGACGAGAAGCGCCGGCGGCUGCAGCGGGAGCGGGAAGAGGACGAGCUGGACCGUCUGCUGGAGGACAAGGAGAUCCGCGAGGCCAAGCGCCUGCGCGCGAUCGAAGAAAUCGAGCGGAGCACGUUACGCGAAGAACAGCCGCCCUCCCAAACUGAAACCCAUCCCGAGAAACCGGCUCAGUAUCCUCCGGUGGAUCAGUCUCGGACGGUUCAGAUACCCGUCGCUAACACAGCGUCUCCGAAUGCUGACGUCAUCGAGUCCCCCGCCCAGAACGGCUUUCCCCGGUUACAUUCUGAACCCCCGGACGAGGCUCCGGGCCCCGGCAGGGGGGUGUCUCCAGCAGCGAGAAAGCCCCCGGUAGCCCCCCCCGGGAAGAAACGCCCGCUGGCGUCCGUGUUUGGGGGGGAGGAAGAGGAGCACAAGGCGACGCGCGCGCGCCCCCUGGUUCCGAUCGAGUACACCCCGGAAGAGUUGGCGGCAGCAAAAGCGGCGGCGGCCGCGAAAGCAUCGGCCGAGGAGCGCGAAAAGGUCGCCCCGAUCCAAGCCCCGGUUGCGCGGCAACCGAGCCCGGCCCAUCGUCCGGCGUCCCCGGCCCUUCCCCCCAACUUGGCCGCUGCGGCGGAGUUUGCGAAGAGUCUUGGGAAAGGGGGGGAGGAGAAGCGGAAGAAAGAGGAGGGGCGGCGCGAUGUGGAGCGGAGCCGGGACAAGCGGGGGGUGAAGUUGUUGGAUACGAAGCAGCUGAUUGACAGCAUUCCAAAGACGAAGGCGGAGCUGUUUGCGCACCCGGUGGACUGGGCCAUCUUCGAUUCGGAGAAGAUUCACGAGAAGAUGCGGCCUUGGAUAGGCAAGAAGAUCGCGGAAUUUCUGGGGGAGGAAGAGAGCACGCUGGUAGACUUCAUUCUGCAGAGCAUGCUCAAGCACGACUCCGCCGAAAAGAUGCUCGAGCUGCUAGAUCCUCUGCUAGACGAAGAGGCCGAGUUGUUCGUCCUGAAAAUGUGGCGCAUGCUCAUCUUCGAGCUCAAGCGAGCAGAGCAGGAGAUGGUGAUCCGAUGAGGGAGGCCAGAUACGUCAGGAACAAAUCUGCUUUGAAUCAAGCUUCUCUUGAUUGAAUGUGUCGUUGCCCCGUUCGUUUGACCUACUCGGUUCUUGCUGCCUUGCUUCCCAGGCCUUGGCCAGCAGCCAACGCCUCUGCUGAACCUCGAGGACAUGAUCAAUCCAAAGACUUUGUGCACCUCAGGCUGCCAACUUGAAUCGAUG